AUGGACUCUUUGAACGUCAAGCUCCAGCAAAAAAUCAGAGAACUCGAAAGCCUCCAGCAGAUCAGAGACCUUACCAAGAACCUGAACGUGUCGUUGGAGGAGUUCUCGAGCCAGAUCGAGCUUCUGGGCGAAGAAGCAGGCUGUAUACAAACAGUUACCGAAAAUUGGAUGAGAAUCAUCAGGGCAGUCAGUUUGGCGUCCAACUCGCUCGCUAACUACAAAGAAGAAGACUACGAAACAGACCGUCCAAUGACAGAGCGACUGGUGCGCUGUAAGAUCGACGAAAACCAGAAAAUCAUUAGCAAGAAUUAA